AUGCAGCCAACAAAUGCGCAAGUCGCUACUACCAUUUCACUGAUUGAAAGUUUACCAUUGGAACUUCUCAGCAAAAUAAUAGUGUGGCUUUCAGAGGCGCAAGUGGAUAUAUGCGGAUUGAAGGAUGACGAAGACAGAUUCCCCGCUCAUACCUAUAUUACGAAUAGUGAACGAUGUUAUGGCUACUAUCGGGAUUUACUUUCAUUAUCUUCUACCAGUCGCACUAUGAGGAUUAGAUUAGGUGGUGUGCUAUUUCGAAACAUUAGCCUCGUACGUCGAAAUCAGAUCGAUUCAGUUCUAUCUACACCCACGUCACGUCAGCUGUACAGUGACAAAAAAACCUAUCAUAGGGAAUUUAUCAAAGAGUUGAUCGGUGGGAACAUAGAAGAUUGCAGUAAAAGUGAAUUAGCCAGGUCCAGUUUCAAGAACUAUAUUAUUGGUGACCGGAAUUUCAAAUGCUACUACGAAGACAGGCUUUCUAUGUGCAAUUUCGUUAGCUACUUGGAAUGUGAUAAUGAGCUUUUGAAUAGCUCUGAGUUGAUGAUGUUUCCAAAUUUAACAGAGUUGAGAAUCUUAGAUGAGUGUGUUGACUCUAUAAUUCAAAGCGAUGUAGAGUUGCCAAAAUUGAAGUUCUUAGCAGUUCAUGCUCAAACAUUACAGAUGUCAGAUCUGUUGCUAGAGACACUUUGCAACCUACGUCGUUUGGAUUUGUUUUUGAACUAUUCAGAUAUCCCUGCGACCGAUGGUAUUCAACGAGUCUUGAAAUAUUUGCUGCAACAUAAACCCGCUUUUGUGGAGGUCUCUCUAUUCUUGGAUCAACCAUAUAACUUAUGCUAUUCAGAUACUAUAAAUUUGUUGAAAUUAGUCGCUUCUUCUACUAGAUUGCAAAAAUUAACAAUUAGGGUCAAAAGACGAAAGAGCUCCCAGCGCCUGACUCUGGGAGAGCAUGAACUUCAUCUGGGAUAUAUUGGCGAUGAAGUAUUGAAAGUAUUUCAGUUGGUUGAACAAUUAAUUAUUGACAUUUCAUUCUUGGAUGUGAUUAAGCUAAAUCCGAUAAUGGAGUCAUCAAGUCAACGAGCUCCAGGAAUGAGGAGACAAAUCACUAUCGUGGAUAGAGCUGUACUGGGACCAAAGAUGACCAUAACUCAGAAAGAAAUAUUGGGAACUAUAAUUAGGACAUGUGGGUUUACCGGCUUCUCGUUUUAUUACGGAGAAGCGCUUGAGGAGAGCCAUCUUCAUGUGCUAAAUAUCGUGACUGAUUUUGUUCGUUGGAUGGUUGAUCCAACCUCAAACCAUAGCAAAACCUACAAAGGAUUGGAUAGGGUAUUUAUCGAGAAAUGCUGGUCUGUAACCGAUGAUUCAGUUAUAAGAGAAUACUUGCACAAAUUGAUGAUGUCAGGUCCAACUAAAUUCGUCAUUAAUCACUUCAAAGUUUGGAAUCGAUGGGUACUCAACUCCCCAAGAUAUAGAAAGAGGGAGAGAUUUGAUUUGUCCUAUCUAAAACUGUCUCAAUACAAUGUGACAACCAAUGCAGGAUAUUACAUUGGAACCUCAAACAUGCCCGCAGAUGUUGUAACGUUUGUGACGUCCCAAUCGGUUGGUCUGGAACUUGCUGAAAAUUACUUUUGGAGCAUAGAGACGUCGCUAUGUGACUUUGAGCAGUAUUGCAUACGUCAGAGAAGAAGCAUGUUAUUUGGUUGA